CGCCUGCUCCCAAACCGGAAAGACCCAGGGGUUGGCUCGGGAGCGCCCCCGCCAUGCGAGGCAGGGCGAGGCCCCGGGUGCAAGCUCCUGACCCAGCCCCUUGGCCACCCGCAGAUGAGUUGACGGUGCCCCGCUACCGCACGGAGAAGCCCUCCAAGUCGCCCCCGCCACCCCCACCCCGCCGCAGCUUCCCCUCCUCUCAUGGGCUGACCACCACGCGCACCGGGGAGGUGGUGGUCACCAGCAAGAAGGACUCGGCCUUCAUCAAGAAGGCGGAGUCCGAGGAGCUGGAGGUGCAGAAGCCCCAGGUGAAGCUGCGACGGGCCGUGUCCGAAGUGGCCCGCCCCGCCUCCACACCCCCCAUCAUGGCCUCGGCCAUCAAGGACGAGGACGAGGAGGACCGCAUCAUCGCGGAGCUGGAGGUGUUUGAGAGAAGCUCAGUCUCCUCCCUCCCCCCCACGCCCCACCGCCAGCUGAUCCCCACCUUGCUGUCCCCCCAGGACCUGGGGCCCCCCAGGGGCUCAGCCCCGGGCCCUACGUGGAAGGGUGGUGGCGGCGGUGUGCCACCCAUGAAGGUGGUGACCCCUGGGGCCUCCAGGCUGAAGGCGGCCCAGGCCCAGGCGGGCAGCCCAGACAAAGGCAAACACGGCAAGCAGAGAGCAGAGUACAUGAGGAUCCAGGCCCAGCAGCAGGCCACUAAACCAUCUAAAGAGAUGAGCGGGUCGAAUGAGACCUCGAGCCCAGUGUCAGAAAAGCCCUCGGCUUCCAGAACCUCCAUUCCCGUAUUGACUUCCUUUGGGGCAAGGAAUUCUUCCAUCUCCUUCUAGAACCUUCUGGAAGCCCCCCCGUCUCCCCCAGCCUGUCCCCCCUUCCUCCUCCAUCUCCCUACUCCUCGACCCCUCAUCUCCCCAUACCCAGCCUGUUCUCUGGACCCUCGAGGGUCCCCACCGCGUGACCCUCCUCAGUCUUCUAUUCUCACCCCCCCGUUGGUGUUUUUGGUUUUUUCUUUAAUGACUCGCUUUUAAUUAUCUUUUUCAAAAAAGCAGAACAGUUCAACUAAAAACCAAACACACCACCUCCCCUGACCUCCCGUUCCCAGCGGCUCUUCCUGGCAUCGUCUGCCCCUUCUUUCUCUCACGCUUUUCCCCCAAGUCCGUCCUGCAGCUCCUGCCCUGUACCCAUCCCCACCUUCCCCGCACUCCUGAGAAAACUCCGAGCAAACUCUGAGCCACGGAGACUUGGAGCGGCAAGAGAGCGCUCUCCCUUCUCCGUCAACUCUUCCCGGAGGGGCACGAAGACACCCCAGCUUCGACGGGACCACGGGACCACGGCACGAGGGCCACCCUGGCCUUGGAGACGCCCCGCUCCCCGUCCAAGCUGGGCGACACUGGACACUGCUGCUGCUCGGCCCCUUCCCGUCAAGACCAGUGUAGCUGCAGGCCAGAAGGCCCAGGGGGACACAGAGGGGCGGAGGCUGCGUCCCACAGGUCCCAGGCUGGGUGUGGCCACGGUGGCCAGGCCAUUUGUCCCUGGGGAGCCACGGGCUUGUGGGGAGAAGCUGCCGCUAGAGGAGUCGCUGGGGACACUGGCGUGGAGGGUGGUCGUGAGACAGCCUGCCCUGGGCCACUGCCUCGGGAGAGGGCAGCCCGGGAGGAGCAUUCUGAACUUUUGGUUUCCUAAUUUAGCACUUUAAUGCCAUUAACUUAUUUAAUGGGUGCGGGUGGGUGACAGGGAAGGGCCGGAGGCCUAGGUCUGGAGGCCUGAGGGUGGGAGGGAGACGGGGAGCCCAGCUGGGAGUUUUGAGGGGCUCUGACCCCCACAGGUGGGGGCGCACUGGCCUUCAGCAUCCUUUUUGUGACUUGAGGGCUUUCAGGGAGGGGGCGCGACCUGGGGAUCUGGUGACUACUGAUGAGAUGUUUGAGGGUCCCCGAGGCCUGGAGAAGGGAGGGAAAGGAGGCGCUGGGUCCCUAGUCCUGGGGCCCCAGGGGUGCAGAGAGGGCCCGGAGGGAGAUGCGGGGGAGCGGCGUCCCCAGAGGAUAGCGUUCCGAUUUGGAGCACAAAGGAAGAGGAGCACAGGCAGGGGAUGGGAAUUGUCCCCCAUAAGCACAGAAAGGAGCAGCCAUGGAAGGGGACAGACCCGUGCCCCUGGGGCCUGCUGGGGUUGGGGAGGGAGGGAACUGGGCUAUUUUUUUUCAUUCCUUUGGGAUUAUUUUUGGUUUCUGUUUUUGUUGGUUCAUCCUUGUUUUCUAGCUUUGGACCAUUUUUGUACCAAGGCAAGUGAGCCUUUUUGAAAAAUAACAAAAGAAGAGGAAAAAAAAAAAUCCCUCCCGGAAA